CCCUAGCUUCUCCCGGGGAGUCGGCACCGUGCACCUCCGACUCGGGACGGCUUCCGCGGCCGGGUCGGCGAGGCGGGAGGGAUGAGCGCGGCGCGGACGCUGCGGGUGCCGGGCCGUCACGGCUACGCCGCGGAGUUCUCCCCGUACCUGCCGGGCCGCCUGGCCUGCGCCGCUGCGCAGCACUACGGCAUCGCGGGCUGUGGAACCCUACUGAUAUUGGAUCACAAUGAAUCUGGUCUUAGGAUUUUUAGAAGCUUUGACUGGAAUGAUGGCUUAUUUGAUGUGACCUGGAGUGAGAACAAUGAACAUGUCCUCGUCACCUGUAGUGGUGAUGGCUCUCUGCAGCUCUGGGACACUGCCAAAGCUGCAGGGCCUCUACAAGUCUAUAAAGAACACACACAAGAGGUAUAUAGUGUUGAUUGGAGCCAAACCAGAGGUGAACAGCUUGUGGUGUCUGGCUCAUGGGAUCAGACUGUCAAAGUGUGGGAUCCAACUGUUGGAAAGUCUCUGUGCACCUUUAGGGGCCAUGAAAGUGUCAUUUAUAGCACAAUCUGGUCUCCUCACAUUCCCGGUUGUUUUGCUUCAGCUUCAGGUGAUCAGACUCUGAGAAUCUGGGAUCUGAAGGCAUCAGGAGUCAGAAUUGUGAUUCCAGCACAUCAGACAGAAAUUUUGAGUUGUGACUGGUGUAAAUACAAUGAGAAUUUGCUGGUGACAGGAGCAGUAGAUUGUAGUUUGAGAGGCUGGGACCUAAGGAAUGUACGACAACCGGUGUUUGAACUUCUUGGUCACACCUAUGCUAUUAGGAGGGUGAAAUUUUCACCAUUUCAUGCUUCAGUGCUGGCCUCUUGCUCCUAUGAUUUCACUGUAAGAUUCUGGAACUUUUCAAAGCCUGAUCCUCUUCUUGAAACAGUGGAGCAUCAUACAGAGUUUACCUGUGGCUUAGAUUUAAGUCUUCAGAGCCCCACUCAGGUAGUGGCUGACUGUUCUUGGGAUGAAACAAUAAAGAUAUAUGAUCCUGCUUGUCUUACUAUUCCUGCUUGAGAUACACGGCUAUGGUCAGAAAAAAUGUCAUUGACUGAAGAACUGCUUAACUGCAACUGAAUUAAUUAUUGAAAAUGUAGAUGUUAUGCUUUUAUAUGCUAUUCCGAUUUCAAAUUUUCUCAAACUUACUCUGGAGUCAGUUUUGAGGCAGCUGUUAAGGACUUGGGCUCUUUCUGUAAGCCUGGUACAUCAGUUAUGUUUCAUAUAAUCCUAAGGAAUAAUUGAUGUUAUAGUAUCAUCAUAAUAUCAAUUAGAAUAUCAUCUCUGUAUUAUAAAAUGGAUUAAAAUAUGGGAGAUCAGAUUAUAUGAAUAGCGAUAUAUUUUUAAUUUGCCAUUUUUGAUGUAAAAUAUAAAUCACUGUUGUUGAUAAAAAUCAAAAUAAAUUGCAUCUCUUGAUCAUUUACCAUUUUAUGAUAUCCCCAACAAGAUUGCUUUUUUUAAUGCAUUGUGUGUAUGAAUACUGUAUGUUAUGUAUAUAAAAUUGUGGUUCAUUUAUGGGCUGUAAUACAGAUUUAAUUUAUCCAGUAGUUAUUUAUUGAGCAUGUUAUUAUGUGCCUGGAACAGACCAAAUGAAAUUCUCUUAAGGGCUGGUGCCAUGCUCUAAGAACAUGGAGUGCUGUGAGUUACAAGUUUUUUGGGUUUUUAAAAAAUAUUUAUUUGAAUCCUUUUAGAUAUUGUACCUCUGACUGUAUAUUUCUCUUUCUACUUCUUUAUCAACAAAUUUAAAAACACUUCCUUGCUUAUGAAGAGUCUUAGGGCAAGUCACGGUGGCACAUGCCUAUAUAAUCCCAUCAGCUCAGGAGGCUGAGGCAGGAGGAUCAUGAGUUCAAAACCAGCCUCAGCAAUGGUGAGGCACUAAGGAACUCAGUGAGACCCUGACUCUAAAUAAAAUACAAAAUAGGGCUGAGGAUAUGGCUCAGUGGUUGAGUGCCCCUUAGUUCAAUUCCUAGUACCAGAAAAAAAAAAAUCUUGGUCCUACUGAGGCUUCUAGGAUUUGCACUUGAAACUAGCCCUAAAUAAUGCUAUAAACCCCCCUCUUUGCUACCUUCCCAAAUCUUUAAAAAAUCAUACAUACUGAUUAUUUAACUGGAAAAACUGGAAAAACAUAGGUUAAAAAGGAAAAAUUAGUAAAACUAUUUUGCAUGUUUUACAUAAUAUUAAAAA